AAAGAAUUUCAGUAUGAAGUGAGUGUUAUAUAACAUAACCUUAAUUGUCAUUUUGACAUUUGAUAAAGUUUAGUAUAACUAUUUAUAAAAAUAUAAAUAAUAAAAUGAACAAGCAAAAUAAUAAUGAGGCUCCCAUGCCUUCGGAUACAUUACCAGAAUGUUGGUGGGAUAAUGAUCGUAUGAAUGCAUUAUUUGCACCAUUUCGAAAUAAAAAUGUCAAUUCAGAAGAUUGGAAUUCGAAGCUACAAUUCUGGACAAAAUUCAUUACUGAUUGGGGUAUUUCAAAUAAUAUUUGUUCGUUUAGUAUUGUGGAUUUAAAAAAAGCAUUUAAACGUGAUGGUCGUGCCCCAGGAUGUAUACAAACGGUUGUUGAAGAAAUGUUUAAGAGUGGUGAGCUACAAACGAUGGACCGAUUUAUGCAGACACCUCAAGAAACUUGGAGUGGAUGGGCGAUUGAUUUAUUAGUGAAAAAACCUAUUUAUUGGUCGUAUACAAAAAUGAAAGAGACUGUUGUAGCUUUAACAGAUGAUAAUACGAAGUUUGUAAAUAUUAAAACAGUGAAAUGCGUCUCAGAAAAAAUUCUAAAUUCGAUUAAUGAAGAUUAUGUUAAUAAGUUAAUUAAUUUUCAUCAACUUACAACUUUAGUCCAGUCUUUAAAUAUAACCGAGGAAAAUUUAAGAAUAAGUUUACAUUAUUUACGUUGUACGGGGAAAAUUUCGAUUAAAGAAAAUCAAACUACAGACAAUACAGAUGAAGAUAAAUUAUUAAUUAAAUUCGCAGCGAAAAAUGAAAAAGCAAUUCCUGUAAAUGAUUUCGAUAUAAGUAUUUAUGCGUUAGAACGAAAUGAAGAGAAAUUAAUAAAAAUGAUUGAAGAAUUAGAAGGUAAAAAGGAUGCUGUGAUUGCAGAUGCUAAAGCAUAUUUAGCGAAAGGAAUGAAACCAUUGGCCAAAAAUUGUUUACGCAAAAAACUAACACUUGAAAAAUGUAUAGAGAAACGUUCAAAUAUCCUAGACAACGUACAAAUGUUAUUAUCACAAGUUAAGGAAACUGAAUAUCAAACCAAGGUGGUAGACUCUUAUAAAAAAGGAAUUAAUGCGUUCAAGAGCACAUACAAAGAGGCCGGACUCACUGAGGACAAUGUCAAUGAAGUUAUCAAUGACGUGCAAGAGGUGCUUGAAAUGCAUGAUGAAAUACAAUCUAGUCUCGGGCAAAACUUAUCACAAACAAUUGAUCUGGAAUUAGAAGAAGAACUUGCUGAAUUAUUAGCAGCUGAAGCUGAAGCUUCUAAACCAGCAACACCUGAAAAAGUUCUACCUGUUGAAGAAAACGAAGAUUUCGAUAAGAAACACGAAGAACUUGAGAGAAGAUUACGUGCCUUACAUAUGAAUUUACCAUCACCACCAAAGAAUACUCCUUCGCCCCAACAAUUUGGCUCGUAACUACAUAUAUACAUUUAAUUGUUGGUGCUUCUUUUUUGUGAAUUUAAUUAAACUUUUGUCAAUUAUGUUAUAAGAAUUAUAUUUUUCAGACCUGAAUUCUUUGUCAGAGCAAAGCGGUCAAUUUUAAUAGGAGAUUAAAAAAUAACCUUUUGUUGACAAUAUGAUUCUAAUCUCUUCCAAAAAAACAACUGUAGGCUUAGUUUUAGGAUGAGAUGAAUUUUCAUGAAAAUGAGAAAUUUUUACUUGCUUGUUAAUGUUGUUGGAUAAUAUUGAUAAUAAUCGUUAUAUUUUUCAUAAUAGUGUAAAAUUUUAAAGAAAUAAUUUUAAUUUAUUGUUAAAGAAUCUUAGGUUACAAUCGUUUCACUUAACCCUGUCGAGUUUUCACUUUUAUAUGUAAGGACUGCUAUGCUCCGAGAAACAAACAUUUUAGGCCUGGUCGUGAUUUUUUUAAAAAUA